CUUUCCAUUGGCCAGUGGAAAGACGUAGGGCAGUUCUUGCCCAAUGGGAGGAGCCAGUUGCCUGGGGGCGGGACUGGCGCGUACCUGAAGCACAAGGCCUGUGGGAAACCCGCCUAGACUGUGAGCUACUCCAGCGCUGGUGAGUGCAGGAUGGUAAAACAGAAGAGAAAAAGUUCUGAAGCGACAAGGAAAAAGAGCAAAAAACUAAAGAAAGCGUCAGGGGAAGACGUACCACGGGCAGCUGAGGCCACAGCAGAUGAGCAGGAAACCAGCCUGGAGGGUGUAGCAGAAAGCGGGGUGCAGGACACAGACUCCCAGCUGUCCCCAGAGGAGAGGAGGAUCCUGGAGAGGAAGCUAAAGAAGGAACGGAAGAAGGAGGCAAAGAAGCAGCUGCGAGAGGCAGGGGUCUCAGCAGUGCGGACUCCACCAGCCAAGCGCUCAGGUGCAGAGCUGGCCUUGGACUACCUCUCUGGCUUGAUUCUCCCUGCAUCCUGCCACUCGUCUUCCUCGAGGCUGAUCCAGCAGGCUCUGCCCUGGACUCCUGCCCUCACCCAAAGAUGGGCCCAGAAGCACCAGAGCUGGAGGUUCCAGAAGACAAGGCAGACGUGGCUCCUGCUAAACAUGUAUGACAGAGACAAGGUCCCAGAAGAGCACUUCCCCACCCUGCUGGCCUAUCUGGAGGGGCUGCAGGGCAAGGCCCGCGAGCUGACCCUGCAGAAGGCAGAAGCCCUGAUGCGGGAGCUGGAUGUAGCAGGGUCAGAUACUGCCCUGCAGGAGAAGGCCCCGCGCCUGCGCCAGGUGCUGCAAAUGCUGUCCUAGCUGGGAUGGCAAAGAUCGGGGGAACGCUGCCACCUGGCAUUCUGGGCCCUCAGAUGCACAGGUUUCAACAGGAAUAGGCCGGCUUUGUCCUUCCUCUUUGUGAUGAUGGGUCUUUGUGCCUUUAGAGGAGUCACUAGACUCACCUUGCACCCAGGAAGUUGCUGUCACACAGAUGUCUAUUUUUCUACUAGGAAUGUCUUAGAAACUUGCAGCACUGGUCCUGCACCAGCUGCAGCUCCUCAAGGUUGGCAUAGGAUGUGCCCCAAGUUGGAUACAGGUGCAAGGAAACCCCACAGGGGCUGCAAUCUACCCAUGCCUGCGUGACCACAUCACCAAUAAAACAAGCUGCUGCCUGUG